CAAUGCUUCUCUCAAGGAUUAAGGCUAGAUUGGGUGGGAAGAAGAGAAGAACUCAACUUGGACUUGAAAAGAAACAAAAAUUAUAUAACUUGAUCAACAAAUAUAUUACGCCUUUUUGUAUACUACUCUUUCUAAUUGGUUCUUGUUGGCUUCUAUUAUUACCGUAUGAUGGCUAUAGCAAACAAACUUAUAUUUCAGAAAACGCCUUACUUCCUGGACAGGUUAACGUGUAUUACGGUUAUAACGACAUUCAUACAGCCGAAGACUAUAGAAAUAAGUUAUUAGCUAUUCAAACUAUGAAUAUUACAGUUCGCUCAACAUUUAUUCAAACAGAACUUCGUAAAGUUGGAUUCACAACGGCUAUCCAACACUUUGAUAUGAAUGGAUUAUCGGGUAUCAACGCGUUUGCUAUCUACAGAACACCACGUAGUGAUGGAAAAGAAGCAUUGGUUUUGAGUGCACCCUGGAUAUCUCGUACAGGUGAUUAUAAUACAAAUGGAAUUGCAACCUUGCUUUCUCUAUCCAAAUUAUUCAAGCGGAAUGUUUAUUGGUCGAAAGAUAUCAUUUUACUGGUGACGGAUCAUGAAAAUGUUGGUACACAAGCAUGGUUAGAAGCAUAUCAUGGCAUAGAACAAAAAGGGCAAGAAACAUUAUCCUCAUUAGCGAUGCCUCGAUCGGGUGCAAUCCAAGGUGUAGUGAAUCUGGAUUUCCCUGGUGUCAACGAUUAUGCAAGUUUAGGACUCUUUUUUGAGGGUGUGAAUGGACAACUACCAAACUUGGAUUUGAUCAAUACCAUACGCGUUGUGGCCCAAAAUACAGCAAGAGUGCCCAUCACCUUACAUGAUGAGAUGGAGGCUGGCAGUAAUCAUGAACAAUCUCUUUCCAUACGUUAUUGGAUUUCAUUGAAACAUGUGCUUAGAACAAUGAAAUAUCAAGUGAUUGGUCAUCCUUCAAGUGAUGCUGGACAAUAUCUUCGUUACAAAAUAGAUGCAGUGACCAUUCACGGUAUUCAUGGUUCAGAUCAAUUGGAUGCAUUGUUCGGUUUCCAUCGUAUAGGCGUGUUGAUAGAAUCUACUUUUCGAAGUUUAAACAAUUUAUUGGAACAUUUCCAUCAAUCCUUCUUUUUCUACUUGUUACCCAACGUGACCCGAUAUGUCUCUAUUGGUGCGUAUAUGCCUCCUAUCAUCUUGUAUGCUUGUAGUUUGGUUUUUCAAUCUCUAGCACUUUAUUAUUUAGACCCAAAGGCAUUGGAAUCGGAUUAUCAAGAAACCAAAAGCAGGAAAGGUGCGGUGCAUUCGGCUUACACUGUCUACAGGAAACCUAUUUCUUUCUCAUUUUUGAUAUUGGGUAUUGUCCAUCUCACUGGUAUGGUGACAUUAUAUAUGAUGCAACCUUGGGUGACAAAUUGGCUUGAGGAAAGGUUCCAUGAUCAGGAGCUGAUUAUUCAAUUUAGCAUUGUUUCUGGUAUCUCUUUGAUGACAAUUCUUUGGACAAGUAUUUGGGUGACACAGACUUGCUCUCCAUUACAUGACGGACGGAUGUUGAAAUCAAUAUGUUUAGCAGUGUCUGCCAUGAUCAUUGCUACUGUUUCUUUACUGAAUCUUAGUCUUGCAGUAGCAACGUCACUCGCUACUGUGAUUCCUUAUACUUUGAUCCGACCUACUAGUUCUUACUUUUGGCGUCUUAUCCAAUGUUUACUACUGAUACUUCUCUCUCCUGUUGGCCUUGUCUUGAUAUAUUCGAAUGUCGCUGACACUCAUGUUACCACUCUCCUGUCACAGUUGAUAUUUGAUUAUCAGAUCGUACAUUCUUGGUUCAUCGUGUUUAUAUGUAUGGUAUAUUGGCCCAUCAACAUGGCUAUGGUCGUUUUAGUCUUCACAACUUGGCAAUAAUAUUAGUAUAUUUAUAGUGUUAUUAUGGUUGAAUCACAAUAAAACUAGUGUUUACAAUGA